CACACUCUUAGUAUACUGAAGUAUCACUUUCGUUUCACUCCCUUUGCCCCACAUAUUUGUAUAGAACUCGACUUGUGAAGUCGGUGAUCGCUAGUUAGUCAGUCUUUUGUUGCAUGAGUAAGAAGGUGCCCCUACCCGUCCUUACUGGACAACGUCUGCGGACUCGAAAACGCGAUGAGAAGCAGAAAUUCGACCCUGGAGAGUUUCGCGACGCUGUUGUUACUGGCCUGAACGAGGCCGAGGGAGAUUGGGAUAAAUCGUCCCGAUUCUUGGACCUAGCAGGAAAUAAACUUGAUUUCAACCGGUACGGUGAGACCCUAUUUGACAUCCUCUUUGCCGGUGGCAUCCUUUCGGCCGGUGGUAGUAUCAGCGACGAUGGCGUUGGCAAGACCACGUUCUGCGUGUUUGAGAUGGAGACGGACGAGAAGCUCCUGAAGAUGGUUGAGACCUUCGACAAGCUGACUCGGCGCUACAAGUAUCUCAUCCGAACUAUGAACGACAACUUGAGGAAAAACUUCAAGUAUCUGAACAUCUUCUCGGAGGUGCAUUUGGAGCGCCUGGCCAAGUUUAUUGGACAUGUGUUGUCCACGCGUGAUCAGCAGAUGAUUGAACCCACGGUACUCAAUGGGCUGCUUGUCGAGCACUUGGUUAAAGAAGAGAUGUCCUUGAACUUCAUCACGAUUGUGUUCAAGAAUUGGCUAAGUAAGGCUUCCAUCGAGUCCUUUGCUCAGGUCAUGAAGAAGGCUGGCCUGGACGGACGUCUGAUUGACUUCUUCCCCAACGGAAAGAACAAUGCGGCAGCGAUUGAGGAGCAUUUCAACUCGGCCGGUUUGCCCAAGGUGAUUGAGUACUUUAAAUCCCGACAGCUGAGCCGGGAGAAGUAUCAGUUUAAACAGGACAUCAAGCAGAAGUUCGAGGAUGAAGCGCCUCAGGCGGAAAUUAUUAGUACUGGUAAGACCUUCCAAACGGCCCAGAACCUCGCAGACGAAGAUAUGAUUGGUCUGAUUUUCAACUCCAUGAUGGGGACGGUGGACUGGAACCGUAAUAACAAGAGCACGGACCUGCUGGAGAAGGAUGCCUUGAACUUUAUCAAUGCCAACAGCAAGAUUCUGCUCGCGUUCUGUGAGACCCCUCGGGCUCAGCUGACGCUAAUGCUUCGCAUUCAGGGCUACUGCUACGAUAACGGACCUUUCAUGAAGAUCUUCCAAAAGAUCACAAUGUUGUUGUACAACAAUGAUAUCUUAGAAGAGCCUGCUAUCCAGAAAUGGUACAGGGACGGUCACAGUAUCAAGGGAAAGUCUGUUUUCCUGAAGCAGAUGGCGCCGAUGAUUGAGUGGCUCAACAAUGCCGAAUCCGAAAGCGAGGAGGAGUGAAGAUAGGUGCCUGUUAGCGACGCCUGAAAUGACAAUUUAAAACCGUCUACUGUCAGAGUGAGAUGGACCCAAUAAACCUUACAGUAAAAUCUCCGCAGCCCUUUACUACAAU